AUCCUUUUCCCAUUACCUGCAGAAUGACCGAGACAAUGAAGGCCGUCGUGUACACCGGGGCCGCCCUGCCGGAGGUCCAGGAGCGGCCGAAACCGGUGAUUGAAGCCCCCGGCGAUGCGCUUGUGCAGAUGCUGUACAGCACCAUCUGCGGCACUGACCUGCACAUUCUACGCGGCGACGUGCCAACAGUCGACCGUGGCCGCGUCCUCGGCCAUGAGGGCGUCGGUCGCAUCGUCGCGGUGGGCUCCGCCGUGCCGCCAACCCUAUGCCCCGGCGAUAUUGUCCUGCUGGCGUGCAUCACCGCCUGUAGGGCCUGUGCCGCGUGUCAUCGUGGGAUGUGCUCCCACUGCACGGGCGGCGGCUGGCAGCUGGGCAACCUCAUAGACGGCACGCAGGCCGAGUAUGUGCGUGUCCCGCACGCCGCGGGCUCGCUGUACCCCCUGCCGGAGAGCCUGGAUCCCCAGGCGGCGGUCGCCCUGUCCGACGCCCUGCCCACGGGCAUGGAGUGCGGCACGCUCAACGCCCGCAUCGCCCCGGGCUGCUCCGUCGCCAUCGUGGGCGCUGGGCCCGUCGGCCUGGCGGCCCUGCUGACUGCGCGGCUGUCCACCCCGGCGCGGAUCGUGGUGUUCGACCUGGAUGAGGCCCGUCUGGCGCAUGCCCGCCGCCUGGGCGCCGACGAGACGCUCAGCCCGCUCGAUGCCGGCGCGGUGGACCAGCUCCUGGACAAGAUGGAUGUCCCCGGCUUCGACGCUGUCAUCGAGGCUGUCGGGAUUCCGCAGACAUUCUCCCUGUGCCAACGCCUCGUGGGCCCCGGCGGGGUCAUCGCCAAUGUUGGCGUGCAUGGCCAGCCUGUGUCGUUGGCGCUUGAUAAGCUGUGGGACCGCAACAUCACCAUCACCACACGCCUUGUGGAUGCUGUCACCAUCCCAACCCUGAUGCGACUCUGGCAGUCGAAUCGCCUCGACCCGGGAGCCCUUAUCACGGACAACUUUCCGUUUUCUAACGUUCUGGAUGCCUAUCGCCGAUUCCAAGAGGCAGCCAACACUGGCACCUUGAAAGUAGGCAUCACCUUUUAG